UUACACCCCUAUUUGCAUAUGUCAAUGGGCUUUGCCUAAGUAGUCCUUUGUUGUUAAUUAUAAUGGUGGAAGGAUAAUUAAGAUGUCACAUAAGAGGCCUUAAGCAGCAUGCUUGCUUGGGUCAUACCUCCCUGCUUGGGUGCACUAGUCAAGAGUGAGCUGUGAUGUCAAGUGUUAAUGUGAGCUGAGAAUUGUGAAGGGAUCAGAUAAAGUGCACAGUCAGUCAGCCAUCCAUCUAACAAACUCAAAUUGUUGCAUAAUAAUUGUCAGUUACCAUGGCACCUGCUGCUACUAGAAAAGGGAGGAGUGGGCCAGCUGGAAAAGGCAAAGCUAAGAAACCAGUUUCAGCCAAUGGCAAGAAGGGAUCAAAGGAGAAUGCUAAGGAGAAGGCAGAUAACAAAAAUAAGGAUCCAGUUAAAAACCUGAUACAGCUGCCUGUGGUAAAACCCUUUGAAUUGCGAAGUCAAAAUGUUUUACACAAGCUGUAUCACUACAAAACUGGAAAUUGUACAAUAAACAACAUGAAACAGGCUCUAAUCAAGCCAUUGCAAGAUAGACUAUCACGUUACAGGAUACUACGAACAUCAAGUCCAUUUGACAGAAGAGUAACGUCCCUGGCAUGGCAUCCAACAAAACCCACCACAUUGUCCGCUGCUUCGAAAGGUGGCGAUUUAAUUCUAUGGGACUAUGAGAAAUUGGACAAUAUUCAUUUUGUUAAUGGAAUUGGAAUGGGAGGCUGUAUCACUGCAAUGAAAUUUGACCUUGACGCACCAGACCAUAUUUACACUGCAUCGAUUAAUGGCAUGGUUGUCAGGCAAGGUUUUGAGGGUCGCACAAAACAGGUGUUUUUAAACACUAAUGACUGGAGUUUCUGGUAUUGUAGCCUAGACGUCAACUUCAAGAGCAACCUCUUACUUGCUGGUAACAAUAAUGGUCAAGUGACCCUUAUGACAAGACAUGGAGAGAAGGUGUGGAGCCAUCGGUUGCAGAAAAUGAAGGUCAACCACUGCGAGUUCAAUCCGACUUGUGAUUGGCUGUUUGUGACCUCAUCUUGUGAUAGGACUGUGAAAUUAUGGGAUGUAAGGAUGAUAAAAGAUAACAAAAGCUUUGUCCAUAACUUAGAACACACAAAGCCUAUUAACUCUGCGUACUUCAGCCCAGAUGGUUCUCGUCUACUGACGACUGAUCAGCAUAGUGAGUUGAGGAUAUAUUCUGGUCCCUAUUGGCCGGAAAACUAUCAGACAAUCGUUCAUCCUCAUCGGUUCUUUCAGCACAUUACUCCAAUUAAGGCUUCUUGGCAUCCUGUGCAUGAUGUAAUUGUUGUCGGUCGUUACCCAGAUCCAAAUUUCCCUGGUUACUGUUCAGGAGAAUGUAGAACUAUUGACUUGUUCGAUGCGAAUACUGGCGAGAUAAUCUGCCAGUUACUGGAUCCAAGAGCUGAAGGACUUGUAUCGUUGAAUUUAUUUUCCCCAAUGACUGACACUCUGGUCUCUGGAAUGGGAUAUCAUGUUUUGGUGUGGACUGAUGAUGAGAAUGCUUUCCAAAAACAUGAACAAUUUAUGGAAUCCUUGCGAGCACAAUCCUCGCGUGUUGGCGGACCAUCCUCAGAAACGAGGCGACGUAGAAGAGGAAGAGGAGAAGACGAUGAGGAUGACGUGGCUUCGAUAAAAAAGAAGAUAAAAAGAGGAGCUAAAACUACAGAUGAGAAGCAAAAACAAACAAUUGGAAUUAAAGUGAAGGAAGCAAUGAAAAAGAAGAAGCCAAAGGAAUAAAAACAUUUUAUACAAAGCAAGAUUAUAUUUUUAUAAUUAUAUUAUGAAGACUUUACAAGACUUUAUUCCAAUCUUAAGAUUUGCCUUUUACUGAAAUACAGUAGUUGAAAACCAAGCCAGUAUUAUUGAUUCAACACAUAGUCUCCCAUUUACAGUGGGAGACAGUCUCCCAGAAAUCAUGCCUGUAUUGUGGAAUGUGCCUUUAUUGGUAGCUUGAGAAACCAAAGCACCAAUGGAUAAGUAUACACCAGUGUGGGUGUGCUUAUAAUUUGAUUCAUUGUUUAUAUUUUUGAUACACUUUUAUAUUUGAUAAGAUUUUAAGAAUUGUUGUGUAGAUAUUCUGUAAUUACUGUUAAUGACAUUAUAGAGUUCGAUACAUAUAUCUGUAUAAUAACAUUAUAAUGCACAUUUACAUAUGACAUGGCUGGUCACCUUUAAAAUGCACCUCCAAAAUUAGGAAAGUAACCAUUAAAAUGCACUAUUUUAUGAGAGUAUAAGAUAACCAUUGAAGUGCAUCACUAGAUAAUGACAUGGUCUAAAUAACCAUUAAAAUGCACCACUAGAUAAUGACAUGGUCUAAAUAACCAUUAAAUGCACCAUUUUAUAUAAGAUAACCAUUGACGUGCACCACUAAAUAAUGAGAUAGUCACUAUUAAAAUGCACCACUAAAACCAUUAAAUUGUAGCCAUUAAAAUGCACCACUAAAUGCAUUUAAACUUGUCCAAGUCUAAUCCAAAAUUACAUUGAAAAUUGUUCGACUUGGAUAAAAUUUGACUUACAAAUCGCUAAUUAAUGGAAAACACAAUUUGACAUGUAAAAUAAGAUCGACUUAGAAAUAAUUUGAGUUACUCUAUAUCUGUAUAAUAACUUUUAAAUGCACCAUUACAUAUGACAUGUCUGAUCACUAUUAAAAUGCACCACCAAAAUAUUACAUGGUAUCAGGAAGGUAAUCAUUAAAAUGCACCAUUUUAUAUGAGAGUACACAAGAUAACCACUGGAGUGCUCCACUAAAUAAUGAGAUGGUCACUACUAAAAUGCACCACUAAAACCAUUAAAAUUUUAACCAUUAAAAUGCACCAUUAAAUAACGAUAUGGUAUAAAUAACCAUUAAAAUGCAGCACAAAGUAUGACAUGGCGUAAUGCUUGUGUGGGGGGUGGGGGAGAAAAGAUGUGUUUCAUUAAGGUUUGAAUAUUUUUUUUUUGCUUUUGUUAAUUUUUCCGUUUGUUUACUUUCCUAUAAUAUGUGCUAUUGAUAAGAAGUGCUGAAUUAAUAAAUUGUAAAUUUUUAAAAAAGAUUUA